GUCACCCCUCUCUGGUCGAUCGGAGAGAUUUCGUGUCUGCGGCCGCAGCCUCUGCCUGUAAUCCAGCCAGCUCGCUCGCUCGCUCGCUCGCCUGCCUUACAACGACAAGCCCCAUCUUGUGGCCAGCCUCUCCGAACACAAGCCCAGCUCGUGAAUGAGCGUGUGAGUGAAAGAGAGAGAGAGGGGGAGAGAGUCUCCAUAAGUAGCAGGAGGAGGCAUCAGUAGCGGAGGAUUCGAUAGUGUGAGAGAGCGAGAGCGGACUCCAGUCCACUGAGAGCGCGGCUGGGGUGGGUGGGUUGGAGAAGAUGGACAGGAGAAUGGCGAUUGCUGGGGCGAUUGUGUGCCUGUUGAUGGUCACCCCGAUGGUGCAAUCGUCGUGCAUUCCGGCGCUUUUCAACUUCGGAGACUCCACCUCAGACACGGGGGGCAUUCACGCGUCGUUCCCCUCGUCGACACCCGCCGAGUCUCUGCCUUACGGCGAGACUUACUUCGGCAAAGCCGGCGUCAGAUACAGCGACGGGCGACUGCUUAUUGACUUCGUCGCUACGGCAUUGGGUCUCCCCUUCAUCGAUCCGUACCUGCAGUCUGUAACAUCCAACUUCGCCCACGGAGCCAAUUUUGCUACAGCCGGAGCGACGGUCCGCAGUGUAACAUACCUCAGCCCCUUCAACCUCGGAGUGCAAGUGAAGCAGUGGCAGCAGUUCUACAGCAAUGUGGUCAACACUCUAGCCAACGAUCCAGGCAAUGCUAGACUUCCACAAGUGAGUUACUUCACAGACGGCCUGUACACGAUUGCUCUGGGAGGGAACGAUUUCACCUUUGGCUACACCAAGGGACAGAGCCCUCUGCAGAUUCGUUCGUACCUUCCUCUCGUCAUCAACGGAAUCACUGAUGCCAUUCGGGGCAUUUACAGAUACGCCGGAAGGAACUUUCUGAUCUGGGACAUUGAGCCUCAAGGCUGCCUUCCUUACACCUUGACGCUCAUUUCGCAUACCGAAGCCGAUUUGGACGCCAAUGGCUGCCUCAGAGAUUACAACGACAACGCCAUUUACUUCAACGGGCUCCUGAAGACUGCACUGACCGACUUGCAGAAUGAAUUGACCGGAUCGACCAUCGUUCUGCUGAGCACCUACGAUCUGAAAACCGACCUCUUCGCCAACGCCACAGCCAAUGGGUUUCAAUUCAUCACCAGGGCCUGCUGUGGAGUCCCGUCAGCGUACAACUACAACACGCAGGUCAACUGUGGAAGCUCCGGGACUGUCAACGGCGUCACUCUCACGGCUGUGACCUGCAGCGACCCUUCGCAAUACGCAGUCUGGGACGGUGUGCACAACACCGAGGCAGCCAACAGAUACAUCGCUCAACAAAUUUUCGGCGGCAAAUACUUGAGCCCAGCGUGGCCGAAACUGACCGACAGUUGUGGAUUGAGUCCGUUUUAAGGGACCUGCUGUGAGGGAGGGAGGGGGUGGGGGAUUUUAUUUUAUUUCAUUUCGUUUCAUUUCUUCGUGCCUCGCAGAGAGUAUCUAUCUCUUUCUUGUAAACAAGCGUGUGAUCUGCGGGUAAACAGGUCUGCAGCAAAGUAGGAAGAGCUCUGUCACCAUUUGGCGCAGCUCAGAUUCUUCCACGCAGGUCCUACUGCACCUCUUCGGAUUGAGUGGUGGCAGAGAGAUUGUACGUAUAGACUUCUCACAUCACGCUGGCUCGGCCGUCUGAGUCGCGAGCACCAGCGGGACUCAUUUAGAAACAUAAACGACACAGGGCCCUGCAAUUUGUGUGAGGUUUGUGGAGUGGGCUGGGCUGGGCUGGUCUAGUCCAAGUUGUCAUUAGGGCAACAGGGAGAUCAGAUGCUCAGAGUGCUGAAAGUGUGUCCACCUCAUUCAUCGUCUUCGACACCAGUAGGAAGUAUAUUAUGUCAACCCUCCUGCCUUUGUAGGGACACACAGAGAUUCUUUCCAUGUCAGUGGAUAUGUACAAGCUUGUAGCAUUUACUGGGUACGCAGGACGUCUUCUCUGAGAAAAUAAGCUCUUGGGAGCUCUGUCGAAAGGAGCUCUGGUCAGAAAGUGCAAGAGCAAGUAGCCACUGUAUGUUCCGGAGCGCAUGAUACUCACUUAUCAUAAAGCUGCUCCUGAGCAUUGUACUAAUGUACGUUUAUGAUACUAUGAUGUAUCCUGUUGUCUAUAUAGGAGGAUACGUUCUUCUCAGCCUACCUGACUACCGAUGCUCUCUUCUGUGCCUUCUCAUGAUGGUCUGUCUGCCUUCGACCUUUUUGGUCGACUUUGACAACCAUUCCCAAGAUGUUUCAGACUGUUUUUUUGGCACGUAUUUGUGCCUCAGCUUGUUCAGAAGCGAAUUAUUGUUCACAGCGCUCCUGACCUCAGGUGAAGAUCAUGAUGAAUAUGUAAUGCUCGCACUUGCAACCAUCACAAGCCCA